AGCUGCUGCAUGGUUGAGGGUGAGGCUGGCAGUCUGGCUGUCGUUGUGAAGGAGAACCAGAGAAACAGGAGGAAAGAAAGAGGGAGCAACAAACAAGAAGAGGAGAAGCUGCAGAGAAGGAGGACAAAAACGAAGCCAGACAGGAGAGAGGAGGAGGAGCAGGAGGUGUGGAUGAAGGAGGAGAAACUGGCUGAAUCUGUGAGGAGAACAAGUUAGAAACGAGUGACAUCAUCACCAUAGGGGGUGGAGCUAGAGGAGAUGGCAUUUCAGCUCCGCAGUUGUUGGACUUUCCUUUGCAUUGUCAUCUUCCUGCUGAGAAAUAUUUCUGCUGUCCCAUCUUCACGAUACACCCUGAAUCAUACCAAAGUCCGCUUCAGUGAAGCCAUUAAGAGGUGCUCUUCUGGCGUCCUCACCACCAUCGCCACCCAACAGGAAGUGGAUGAUAUCCUGAAUCUCAUCUCAAAAUCUGUGCUGCUUGAGAAGGAGUUCACCUUCUGGGUUGGGCUGAGGAUCAAAAGUAAGUGUGUAGACCUGUCCAAGCCACUGAGAGGAUUCUGGUGGUUAGAGAACAACAGCGAGGAGUCAGAGGUGAGCCGCUGGGUGGAGGAACCAGAGCUCAGCUGCACCACAAGCCGAUGUGCAGCAUUGAAGGGACGAGUUGAUGGGUUGAAUGUGACAUGGGGUCUGAUUCCUUUACCCUGCGAUAAGCAGAACAACUCAUUCAUCUGCAAAAUGAAGGACCAGCAGGACACCAUCAAAUCAGGACCAGAACCAACAACACCUAAGUAUAUAACUACAAAUCCACUUCAGCAUGCUACACCUGAAACAACACCUGCACCAUCAGAUCCAGGACCCAAAGUUACUACAUCAGGACCUAGACUCGUUAAUGGCUCUCUUUCUAGCUCAUCACUGGUCUCAGACUUGUGCCAGAGCCCGUCGAUACCUGAGGCUCGCUGGAUCACUCUAGUCCCCAAUGACGGUAAGAGGAUCCAGGUGGAGUGCUGGUCCUCCAUUCAGUUUGAACUGGUCUGCUCAGGAGAACCCACCGUAUGGCGACUGGUGAAUGGAUCCCAGGCCAACUUCACUGCCAUUGGCAUAGUGUGUGCCAACGCCACCCAGAAAGAACAUCACUCUGGCUUGCACUCGUCCAUCUUGAUCCCGGUGCUGAUAGCUGUGGGGGUGCUGGUGGUUCUGCUGGUGGUCAUCGCGGUGACGGUGAAAUGCUGCUUGAAGAGGCGGUCGAAGAAACGGGCCAUAAAAAAGGCAGAGAAGAUGGAGCUAAAAAGCAAAACCAGAAAAGAUUCCUUCUCACUGGCCUAAACAGCCUACACGACCAAUGAGAAGGUGCUGACAUGAGGGAACAGAGCUGUGAUUGGCUGUGUUUAAUGACAAAAUGUUCUCAUUAGUGGACAUUUUUAAACGCUUUUACCUGACUGUGGACUUACACGCUGCUGUGGUCACAAACUUUUCAUUUUACAAGUAAAUGUUCUUGAAUUUUUAUUGGUUAAUUUAGAAAAUCAUCAAUAAAUAUAGAUUAAAAGUGAUUUAAUUGAUUUAAUGUCUUCUAAAUGACCUAAAAUGACCAAACGUCACUCGUUCUGCCUAAAGAACAGGGCAAAACAUUUAAAUACUUAAAAUUAAAUUUUACUUAUAAUUUAAAUUCACGUUUAAAUCCAUCCAUAUAUUCUUUUCCACUCAUCCUGUUCAGGGUCAGGGGGGGGGGGCUGUCACAGGGCGAGAGACAGGACCCGUACAGGUCACCAGCCUGUGGCAGGGCUAACACAGAGAGACAGAAAA